ACCUGCCCGAGUUCUGACAAUACAAGAUGAAGCAAGAUGCCACGAGAAAUGCUACCUAUACCGUGGAUUGUGAGGAUUAUGUGCAUGUGGUGGAAUUUAAUCCCUUUGAGAGUGGGGAUUCGGGAAACCUAAUUGCGUAUGGUGGCAAUAACUUUGUGGUCAUCGGCACGUGUGCGUUUCAGGAAGAAGAAGCAAACAUUGAAGGAAUUCAGUAUAAAACACUGCGAACAUUUCAUCACGGAGUCAGGGUUGAUGGCAUAGCCUGGAGCCCAGAGACUAGACUUGACUCAUUACCUCCAGUGAUCAAAUUCUGUACUUCAGCUGCUGAUAUGAAAAUCAGAUUAUUUGUUUCAGAUCUUCAAGAUAAAAAUGAAUAUAAGUGUUUUGAAGGCCAUUCAGAUUUCAUUAAUGAUUUGGUAUUUGAUCCCAAAGAAGGCCAAGAAAUCGCAAGUGUGAGUGAUGAUCAUACCUGCAGGGUUUGGAACUUGGAAGGAAUGCAAACGGCCCAUUUUGUUCUUCAUUCUCCAGGAAUGAGUGUGUGCUGGCAUCCUGAGGAAACUUGUAAAUUGAUGGUCGCAGAAAAAAAUGGAACUAUCCGGUUUUACGAUCUUAUGGCCCAACAGGCUCUUUUGUCUCUGGAAUCAGAGCAGGUGCCAUUGAUGUCAGCACACUGGUGUUUGAAAAACACCUUCAAAGUUGGAGCUGUUGCAGGAAAUGACUGGUUGAUUUGGGAUAUUACUCGGUCCAGCUAUCCUCAGGAAAAGAGACCUAUUCACAUAGAUCGAGCCUACUUAUUCAGGUGGUCCAAAAUUAGUGAACACUUGUUUGCAACCACUGGUUAUCCUGGCAAGAUGGCAAGUCAGUUUCAAAUUCAUCAUUUGGGACACCCUCAGCCCAUCCUUACUGGAUCUGUAGCUGUUGGAUCUGGCCUCUCCUGGCAUAGAACUCUGCCACUCUGUGCAAUUGGAGGAGACCACAAGCUGUUGUUUUGGGUGACUGAAGUGUAACAUACAUUUCCUCGGUUCUUUAGAUGCAUAAACUUCGUAUUUUUAGUACACAUUUUUGAGAAUUUCUUAUUUUUAUAUCAAAUGUUACUGUAAACUCUAGAAACAUCUGAGUUGUUGCUUUUAUUAAAUAAAGUGCUGGUGGUU